AUGAGCUACCCGGAACCUCUCUGGGAGAUCAACGGGAACCAAGCGCCAGUGAUAACGAGCGAAAUGUCGCAGUACGUUGGAACCGAAUUGACGGGGUAUCCGAUGUGGGACAGCUCCGUUUUGUAUCCGGCACCGCCCCCCUCGCACCCACACGUUAGCGAGCACGGAUUGUACAGGCAACCGUGCGCGUUGCUUCAUCAAAGCCGCUACACCCCUAAUGGACGUUCGCCGAAUGUUCCUUCCUCUACGUCGAAGAAGCCGAGGCGAAGAGUCGCCACGGUUUCGCAAAGAAGAGCCGCGAAUAUCCGAGAAAGACGCAGGAUGUUCAACCUGAACGAGGCCUUCGACAAAUUGCGGAGAAAGGUGCCGACCUUCGCCUACGAGAAGAGACUCUCGAGGAUCGAGACCUUGCGCCUGGCGAUAACUUACAUCGCCUUCAUGGGAGAAUUGUUGGGAAUCGAGCCGACGAGUCCUAAACCCGAGUACAUCCCCCGGGAAUAUUAUUUGCCAAACUGA